GGGAAGAAUCCAAAAGAGAAGACUCCUCAGCCUUCAACAACAAAGAGCGAUUGCCCUGUGUCCCUUCUUUGCCUUUAAUCGCCAUUAAUGGCGGAAAAGGAUAACACGAAGCCAAGCCAAAGCCCUAUAUAGAGAUAGGGAGAGAGAGCCACAAGGUAGAGAGGCUGAUAGAGAGAGAAAGAGCCAUGAAAUAGAGUCUGCAAUGAGAUAGAGAGAGAAAGAGUCAUGAGAGAGAGAGAGAGUAGUGAGGUAGAGAUAGAGAGAGAAAGAGCAAGGAGAUGAGUGAAUGUGAUGUCAGAGAAGGGAGGGAGGACGCCAACAAACAACAUACACAGCUCUGACCGCUUCCCAACAUUUGUGCUUCUGCAUUUAUAACUCCCUUUUUGGAUUUCCCUGGAUUGCACCCACCCUCUUCAUGAAACUCUCUCCCUCUCUCUACCUCUUGUCCCUGUCUUUCUCUCUCUCGAAAUUUCUCUGCAGCCCAUCAUCUCCAUCUUGAUGGCUUAGAAGCUCAUAUCUCUCUCUGUGUAGACUUCUGACCAACCUAUUCAUUUCUCUCUCUAGGUUUCCACAGAAACAAUCUUUCUCUCUCUAGAUUUUCUUACUGGCCCAUCCCUCUCUUCCUGGUAAUUCUCAGCAGCCCAUCUCUCUCUCUCUACAAUUCCCAGCAGGAUAUCUCUCUCUCUACACUUUCUAACAGUCUAGUUCUCUCUCUCUCCACAUUUUUUAGCAACCGAUUUCUCUCUCUACAUUUACUAGCACCCCAUCUCUCCCUCCCCACUCUCUCUACACUUCCUCUAAACCCUCUGCAAAUCUCUCUCCCUCUAUUGCCUACCACUACCACUCCAUAUCCCACAUCUCUCUGUCUCUCUCUCUCUCCAUUUCCAAGCGCCCCAUCUUCUCAUUCAUCUCUCUCUCCAUUUCUUAGCAACCCAACUUUCUCUCUCCUCUCUCUCUUAUGGCGGACUUCAACGCCCACCAGCAAAGCUGCACUCGGCCAUGGCCCGAAAAUAGCAACGCCAACUCCACCUUCUACGCAAGAAUUCUGGCAGCAAAUCCCGACAUUUCGGGCUCCCGAAACUCCCCAACUAUUUCGCAGAACGCGGAAAUUUCAGCGAACAUGAUGCCUUCUGUGACGGUGGUUUUGGAAGGUCGAGCCAUAUGCCAAAGGAUAAGCCUUCAAAAGCACGGCAGCUAUCAGAGCUUGGCCAAAGCUUUGCGUCAGAUGUUUCUUGAUAUUUCUGGCGAUUAUUCGCUGGAAAAGUCACCUGAAAAUGACUGCGAUCUGUCGAACGCCAUUCCCGGCUAUUUUAUUGCUUAUGAGGAUAUGGAAGAUGAUCUUCUAUUGGCUGGUGAUCUCAACUGGAAGGAUUUUGUUCGUGUGGCGAAGAGAAUAAGGAUACUUCCCGUUAAGGCGAAGCAGAAGGCGUACGGGUCUCUCUAAGGCUUAAACUCCAUUCAAAAUAGGAAAAUCACUUUUUCCAAUCGGAUUCCGUUAUUUUCUUAUGUAUUUUUGGUAGCUUUUGCAAUUUAUAAGAGAAAUUUUAGUCUUUAUUUUCCCCA